CAAAGUUAAAUACCAGCACUUCACGUCACAUUAAUGUUGAUUGACACUUCUUUAAGUUUGCAGUUUAGCAACAGUCCUAGGCCCCUCUUUUAAAGGUGGUACAGUCCACGCGCAAAAACGUCCAAAACAAAAAUGGCACAUGAAACCUAAAUGUGUGUUUUUUUGAGAUUAACUAAGUAUCAAGAUUAAGAAAGUAUCGAAAGCGAAACUGUUUUCACUGGUUGCUCUAUGUCGUAGCAGUAAUACAAAAUACUUGUCCGCCCCCCUCCUCGCUGUCACUCCGGCAUGGCACUUCAAAUGUCAACUCUGUUUACACAUGUCAGAGCACCUCUGUCCAGCGGCCCUCUGAGUCGUGUCCGUGCUGACUUCCAGAGAGCCGGGGACAGGUUCAAACACAUUGUAUCUCCAGGAAGCCCCCAGCUGGGAGGGAAGCCAGCAACCAGUCCUGUCCGCGGCCACAUUAACGCUCCGCACCGAGCUGGGAGGUUUUCUACUUCCCCGACAGAAGCAGCAGCUUGGAAGUCCAGCCAGGGGAACUGUUCCUCCUCCUCACCCGGGUGGAAGGGAGGCUGGCUGGGCAAGUUCGCCCUCGGUGCCGCCCUCGGAGUUAGCUCAGCUGCCCUGGUCCAGUUUCUCCACACCACAACCCGCACCGCCAUGACCCAGAAAGUUAACCUAAACUCUGAUGAAGGAGACUGGAAGGAGACUAAGGAGUUCUUGCUGUCUCUACCUGUGAAGGACAGACGUCAGUACUACAGGACUUCUAGCUCUGUGCCACUCGAAGACAUCCCAGUGUGGGCUCCUACUGCAGGUGGUAGUGUGGAACUGUUGUACGAGAGGAAUGCAAUGUUGGACCAGAAGAUUUCCCUCUACAGCGGUGACAUCACCAUGCUGGAGAUAGAUGCUAUUGUCAAUGCAGCCAACAAGACUCUGCUCGGAGGAGGUGGAGUGGACGGAGCAAUCCACCGUGCUGCAGGUCCCAUGCUUAAAAAAGAGUGUGCUUCCCUCCGCGGCUGUAAGACCGGAGAGGCGAAGAUAACUUGUGGCUACGGGCUCCCAGCAAAGUAUGUGAUUCACACAGUGGGGCCGAUUGUACAAGGAGCAGUUGGAAAGGUGGAGAAAAAAGACUUGAGGUUGUGCUACGAAAACAGCCUGACAGAAGCCACCAAGAAUGAAGUUCGCUCUGUGGCUUUCCCUUGCAUCUCCACUGGAAUCUACGGAUAUCCAAGUAAGCAGGCUGUGCAAGAGGCAUUGGCAACUGUGAGGGAGUAUCUGGAUAAACAUCAUGACAAGCUGGACAGAGUCAUCUUUUGUGUGUUCUUGCCGACGGAUAAGGAGCUGUAUCUGCAAAAUCUCCCGCUCUACUUCCCUGCUGAUGCCACGGUGAAGAGUAAACUGUGAGAGGGGAUUUGUCAGUUCUGGUUGCUGUGGAUACCGCUGCUACGCUCAGCAUCCAGAUUCCUCCUGCUCGCUUUGCCUCAAAAAAUCAAGAACUCCUAAAUGGAUGAUUUCUUCUUUAGUGCACACUGGCUCUUCUGCAGAUCUUCUCUGUGUUUCUCACUAAUGAUUUAGGUAACGAGUAGACGUUGUGUAAAGGUGUGAGUUAAUAUGGAUGAAUUGACCUUCAGCUGCACUCUAAUUUGACCUUUAUUGUCUGCGAUCAUUCGUAGUUUUGCAUCAAGCUAUUACAAUAUUAGGAUUCUAGUGUGUGUUCAUGUGUGUGAGACAAUGACAAAAGCUCAUUAAAACCUUCACACGGGCUCCUGGUGGGUAUGAAUUGAUUAUUUCUCGGGAUGUGAUACAAGUCAGUGAGCUGAGGCAUCACAAGGGAGACAUUUACAUGAAUAUUUUUUUCUUUCGUUUUCUUUGAGUCUGUGUGUGGCGGAGACAAUAAAACACUUUUUAAAUCCUUAAA